AUGGCCACCGGCAACUUGCGAAGCGUACAAGGGCUGCAGUACGACCAACAGAACCUUGGGGAACAACACAACUUGCCGCGACCUCAACCGCCGGCCCCCAUUGCUGCCCCAGUGGCUCCGCUACCCCACCAUUCUCGAGGCAGCUUGCCCGGUAAUGAGUCAAGAAGUUCGGGCACGCGUUCAGGCACGCCACUGUCCGUGCCACCGCCUACCGCGCCCAUCCAGGUCAAUAUCAUGCAAAAGAACCGCCCAGAGCGACGUCGCCAUUCCUCAAACUCCGGCGGCGUUCGCCCCAAGCUCUCUCAGCUCACGGCGUCAUCUUCGUUGUCUGGCCGCAGGGCACUCUCUCCGAACGCAAUCGCCUCUGCGCCUGGCAAGCCGUUGAACACUCACUCUCCAGUGGCUCUGGCCGCUGCCGCCGCCGUCACCCCUGAGAAAAUUGGACGCUUGCUCCAGGCGCAGGGCCCGCUAGCAAUUCGGCACAUCACGGCCCACCUUGCGCAGACUAUUCCGGGGUUUGGCGACCUCUCUCUUUCUAAGCAGCGGCGUUUGAUCAUUGCUGUUCUGGACAAUGGCGACACUAAAAAGGGUAUCACGUUCGAUAAAGUAGGGUGGGGCCGCUGGGCAGUCCGGGAAGCUGCCCCGGGCAGUUUGGGUCGAGCAGACCCCAGCUCUACUAAUGCUGAACCGGUAAAGUCUGAGUCAAGCCCGGGACCCUGGAGCACGCGCUCUGCGUCGCUCUCGAACCGCGAGGGUUCGCGGGAAACCUUGCUUGCCAGACUGCUUGCCGACUCGGAUCGCCGCACUUCUAUUUCCAACCAGCUUCCAAACCACCGUUUACCCUUAUCUCCAAGAUUAAUGGCAGCUGCGUCUAAUGAACAAGCAAUUGAGGAGGACGACAUCGAGCUGGCUGGCGAAGACUUGUACAAGCAAGGGAAUGACGAGGCAGUAUUUAGUGAUGAUGAUGACGACGACGAUAGCGACCGGGCUGUAGAGCGGCACGAUACAGAUGAGGAGGAUUGGCAAAGAAUUGGUCCUGCCGGUUUGCGGAUGGCCAGUCCCCGAGAGCAAGAAGCCAUUCAGGCCCUUGUGCAGUUACGAUCUAUCUAA